GACCAUGUGAUGGACAUGUGUCAUGAGAACGUGACACAUGACAAAAGAGAAAGACAUGGAAAAAGUCACGACACGUCGAUAUGGCUGAGUGGCAGGACACACGUAGCGUUAGGAGGACACGUGACAACUUCUAGGGAGAUAUGUGGGUCGCGAUGCGACCUCUGGGGUGAAUCGACGGAUCUUCUAAAUCCUAUACAUAAGGGAUUUGUUCAAUACUCCUGGUGUUUUUGCCUGAAAAGGGAAAAAAUCGAUGUUAUGUGAUUCUUAUAGGAAUAUGAAUAUGUAAUUCCUUUGAGAAUAUGGAUAUAUGAUUUAUACGGGAAUAUAAAUAUGUGAUUCCUAUAGAAAUAUGUGAUUCCUAUAGAAAUAUGAUCAUCUCCUUCUACAAUCACAUCAACCGUUCAAGUCUCAUCUGGUUGGGAUUUGGGAGAUUCACAGCAUUAGGAAUAGAAUAACAGUAGCUUACAUUUAUUAAAAAAUUAAAUAUAAUAUUAGAUUUAAAAAAAAAAAAAAAAAAAAAAAAAAAAAACCCUUCGAGGACCAUUUUUGUAAUUUGCUCUAUACUAUAUAAUGAACAGCAAUCAAACUCAUUUUCAUCUCCAAACAGAAGAAAGAAUACAAACAAAAUCCGCGAUCACCAUAAACGCAUUCCCAUGGCUCCUCCUCCUUCUUCUUCUCUCUCCAUUGUCAAUCUCCUCACCAUCCUCUGUAUAUGUAUCUCUACCCCUUCAUCUUCUUCACAUACCACCCUUACACUUUCUCUCACACACCACAUUACACCAAAAACCAACAACCAAUCAUCGCAUCUAAAGCACACCAUAAACUCCCUCGCAUCUUCUUCAAUAACCAGAGCUCACUAUCUCAAAAACCCCAACAACAACACCUCUUCUUCAUCCACUCAAAUUCCUCUCUUUCCUCGCAGCUAUGGCGCAUACUCUAUUUCACUCAGCUUCGGAUCACCCCCUCAAAAACUACCCUUCUUAAUGGACACCGGAAGCAGCCUCGUAUGGUCUCCAUGUACUAAUAACUACAGAUGUUACGACUGUAGAUUUUCAGAUGUUAACCAAACCAACACCCCGAAGUUCAUCCCGAAUCGUUCUUCAUCUGCUAAGAUGAUCGGGUGUAACAGCAAGGAAUGCGGGUGGGUUUCCGGGUCGAGUCAGCAGACUCCAUGUAACGGAAACGAGAGUUGUCCGGCUUACACGAUUCAAUACGGGUCCGGGUCAACUUCGGGGUUCCUUAUCUCGGAUACGCUCGAUUUCCCCGAAGGUGAUGUGAGUGACUUCGCUGUCGGAUGCUCCAUUGUAUCGACCCGACAACCAUCUGGUAUUGCCGGGUUUGGGCGUGGGUCUUCUUCUUUACCCAAUCAGAUGGGUGUGAAAAAGUUUUCGUAUUGUUUAGUCUCUCACCGGUUUGACGACGCUCCGGUGAGCAGCGAGCUUGUUCUUGUUCGGAAUUCUACAAAUUCAACAAAUUCUACAAAUUCCACCGCCGGAGGUUCGGAAAUGAGCUACACCAAUUUUCAGAAGAACCCAAUGAAUUCCUCGGAGGCUUUUCAGGAAUAUUACUACGUAAACCUCCGGGAAAUCACCAUCGGAGGUAAAUCCGUGAAUAUCUCAAAUGAGUAUCUGGUGCCGGGAGCCGACGGCAACGGCGGAGCAAUCAUCGAUUCCGGCACAACGUUCACGGUGAUGGACAAUGUCCCUUACGAUUUGGUGGCGAGAGAGUUUGAGAAUCAAAUGUCGGAGUAUAAGAGAGCUGUUGACGUGGAAUCGGAAACUGGGUUGCGUCCGUGUUUUGACGUCACCGGAAAAUCUGCAGAGUUACCGGAGUUUACAUUUCAUUUCGUAGGCGGCGCGAAAUUAUCUCUUCCGGUGGCGGAUUACUUCUCGUUCGUCGGCGAUGAUGGCGAUGAUGGUGUGUUGUGUAUGACGAUCGUUUCAAGUAAUUUGAUCGGGUCGAAUUCGAGUAUUGGGCCAUCGAUAAUUGUUGGAAACUACCAACAACAGGAUAUAUACUUCGAAUAUGAUUUGGAAAAUGGAGUACUUGGAUUCAGGAAACAGAUUUGUAAGUAAAUAAAUAAAAAAGAUAAUAACAGAGAAAAUCACAAAAAUAUAAAAAUAACACUUUUUUAACCUUUUAUACAAAAAGGACACCUAUUUAUGUAACAAAUAAAACAAAUGCUUAUUUUGUUAAAAGUUAAAACUCAUUCACUAAUUUGAUAUUAUUGUGAUUUUCUUAAAAUAAUAAUACAUAAUAUUUACUUUCAAAUACCAAUUUGUUGCUUUAUAAUUUUUAAUUUAAAUAAGAGUAUUAUGUAACCUUGUUGAUUUGGGAAAGUUAGUUCCAUUGUAACGAUAAAUUAUAAUUAUAAUAAAAUUUAUAAAUUCUUUGGGA